GUUCCGAGAUCCUCCUGUACAUCAGGAAAGUUGUCAAGUGCUCGAUAUCGCGAUAGUUUAGUCAGCUGACGCCGAAAUGCAAUCCUCCGUCGCUCGCUAGCUAAGUAGUGAGAUCGAUCGUGAUCGUGUGAGCUUGCAGACAAUCACGGAAGUGUCCGUUUUCCCUUCGUGAUUCGCGAAUCCAGGUGCGAGGUAUUUGUUUAUACUCGGGUUUCGUCAGGAAGUUCAAAAGAGACCACAAUGCCGCUCAGCGCAGAUAUAUCUACAGCGCUCCACUUGUUGGAGCACGUGCAGGAACGUGUGGAGGACUGCGACGAUCCUAAGCUGCAGAUGCACACAUCCCAAGAUAUAAAGUCACUGAUAUCCUUGCUGGAGGAUCCAGUACUUCGCAGUAUAAUCACGAUUCAGGAUUCGCUGAUCGAGUUGAACACUCAAUUGGCGCAUCAUCCGUCUAUUUUGCCCGGCGACUUCGACAUCAACAUCAGCGGGCAGUUAGAACUGUCUGUACCGAGUACUCCAGUGCAACCACUCGCACCGAAUCUCUAUCAAGACUUGUACCAAGACAGCAGCGAAUUGGAGGACCAGAGAGUACCAGUUGCUCCAUUAUUGCACAGCAGCAGCGAAGAUACAAGCGCACAGGUUACUAGCCCGAGUCUUGUUUCAGAAGUUAUUGGAAUGCCUCCCAUAACUACCCCUACUUACGCGAAAGAAUUCAAGAAGGUUAUCGAAGCCGCAGCGAGAGGACGACAGAUAUUUACAGUCCAGCUGUACAAGCCGGAAGGAACCAGCCUGGGAUUCAGCGUGGUCGGUCUGCGCAGCAAGGACAAAGGCGAGCUCGGCAUCUUCCUGCAGGAGAUACAACCGAACGGCAUAGCAGGGUGCGACGGUCGAUUGGUAGAAGGCGACCAGAUAUUGGCGAUCGAUGGGCAGCCCUUAGACUCGAACAUCUCCCAUGAGCAAGCGAUCUCCAUUCUUCAGAAGGCCCGUGGUCUGGUUGAGCUAGUCGUAGCGAGAAGCACCCAAGACGUUGGGAGCUCUUUGCCAACGGAUGAAUUGUCCGGUGGUUCGAGUUCGACAGCGGCCGCAGGAGCAGCGUCGUCCAUCGUCGGCGGCGGUGCCGCUGCAGGGAACAACCAGACAAGCUCCGACAAGGAUCAAUCGGUGUCAGCGUCGUCUGUCGUUACACCCGCACCGACCCCGAAGUCAAGCCAACCGGCCAGCACCACUUCGGCGGCCACCCCGACACCUACGCAUACGCCAACACCUACGCCGACUUCGACGCCGAUACCUGGUGGCCUCGUUAUCGAAAGGAGCCCCUCCGCCGUUAGCGACGCCUCCAAGAGUGGUUCUGACAUGGUGUUGAAUACGGAAUGGGCUCAAGUUGAAGUAAUAAACCUCAUCAACGAUGGCAGCGGCCUUGGAUUCGGCAUCAUCGGCGGCCGUAGCACCGGCGUCGUCGUCAAGACCAUUCUUCCAGGAGGUGUCGCCGAUCGCGAUAAUCGACUCCAGAGCGGGGACCACAUAUUGCAGAUCGGCGAUGUCAAUCUACGCGGGAUGGGGAGCGAGCAGGUCGCCGCGGUUUUACGGCAAUCGGGCACACACGUGCGGCUCGUCGUCGCGCGACCCGUGGAGCCGACUUCGCCGGAUUUCCAGGCUCUCGGUAGUCACGCUCCGAUCGUCCCUACGAAAAUCCUCGGGGAUCCGGAGGAGCUGGAGAGGCAUCUGGCGCACUGCGUCUCGGACAGUUACAACGCGCGACACGCGCCGGGUGACUCGAGCUACGACGGAUACAUGUACUCGCAGGAAUCCGACAUUGAAAUGCACGCAAGACCCGGUCUCAUCAUGGACGUGGUACGCAACCCAAUGCCAAUUGGAACGAUGCCAGUUAUACCGGCGGUGCCACUUCCGGUGCAGUUGCAGGAUCUACCGGUGCUCACGAUGGAGCCCCUCGAUAUUAAUUCACUGCCAGAAAUGGAGCGCUUCACGGUCGAGCUUACGAAGGACAUCUACGGCCUCGGGAUCACGAUCGCCGGAUACGUCUGCGAGAAAGAGGAGCUCUCCGGGAUCUUCGUUAAGAGCAUCAGCGAGGGCAGCGCGGCCGAUCUCAGCAAUAAGAUCCAGAUAAACGAUCGAAUAGUGGAGGUGGACGGGCACUCCCUGCAAGGCUACACUAAUCACGAGGCCGUGGAAGUGUUGAGACGCACGGGGCAAACGGUGGCCCUAUGCUUGGAGCGAUAUCUACGUGGACCAAAGUUCGAGCAGCUUCAACAAGCGAUCGCCGCGAGCGAAUUGAGACUACCUCAACCGAGUUCCCCAUCUAUAACGAGCCUACCUAGUUUCCCCAUGAGCGCGGAUGGAGAAACCACCACCGAGAUCGAGCCGGAGGGCGAGUCCCACACCACCGUGGACAGCGCGGUUCUGCAGGAGGGUGAGCGCAUUAGAACGUCGGACGAGCAGGAUGACGCGAGCAACGUGGAAGCGUUGUUGAGCGACCCCUCGAGCGAGCUCACGCCUCAGAUCCGCGCGGCGAUCAAGUCCAAGUGGCAGAAGAUCGUCGGGCCCGACACCGAGAUAGUGGUCGCUCAACUGAAGAAGUUCGCCGAAGGCAGCGGUCUCGGAAUUAGCUUGGAGGGAACGGUCGACGUGGAGAACGGCCAGGAAGUCAGGCCUCAUCACUACAUACGUUCCAUCCUGCCGGAAGGCCCCGUCGGACAGAACGGCACGCUGCGCUCCGGGGACGAGCUGCUAGAGGUAAACGGCUACCGCCUAUUGGGCAUCAAUCACAUGGAAGUGGUUAGCGUGCUGAAAGAGUUGCCUAUACACGUUCGCAUGGUCUGCGGAAGAAACAUCGCCUCGCAGGAUCCGCUUUGUCCGAUCGACACCGCUCAGCACCAGGCCGCCUUCCAGACCAGAAGCAUCCUCGGCGGGUCACUGCAGAACUUGUUGCCCACGAUGGAUCGGCUCGUAAAAGCAAAGUCGGACGGUUCCUUGGCUUCUACGACGACCACGGCCACGGUGACCGACGCGAGUCUAAACAAAAUGAAGUCGCGUUCGUUGGAACCGCUGACCGGUCUGGCGAUGUGGAGUUCCGAGCCGCAAAUUAUCGAAUUGGUUAAAGGAGAGAGGGGCCUUGGGUUCUCCAUUUUGGAUUAUCAGGAUCCAAUGAACCCCAACGAAACUGUGAUAGUAAUACGGUCGCUCGUGCCUGGCGGCGUGGCGCAGGUCGACGGGCAGUUAAUACCGGGUGAUCGGCUUCUGUUUGUGAACGACAUCGCAUUAGAGAACGCAACACUGGACCAGGCCGUGCAGGCCCUCAAAGGUGCCCCGAAGGGGACCGUACGCAUCGGCGUGGCCAAGCCGCUGCCAAUACCAGACAGUAUUGUCCAGAGGGCGACGCCGAUUCGCAAGAUCAAACGGAGCAGAAGUUUUCCUAAUGAGAGCGAGACGACCGAUCGCGUGGCCGAGCUCGAGGAGCUGCUCUCUUCGAGAUCAGGCCUCACGGAAUCAUCGACGAACAAGCCGGAGAUCGACGAGGACGAGGAGGAUGAGGACAACUGGAAGGACGCCUCUCCGGUGACACCGAUCUGCAGCCCGGUACGGCGACCUCCUCGACUCCACCACCGCGACAAACGUUCGCCCACCCGGUACAUCGACGUCGACAACGACGUCGAGAUCAUCCACGAGUUCUACCCCACGACGUCGAAGACGAUGCACGAGGAGACGAGCAUCGUGUCGUACGGCGGCACGAUCAUCGUGGAGACCACGAGGAUACCCAGGCACAGCAAGGACGUGACGGCGAGGAUAGAGAAGGUCGCGCCGAAGGUCAAGUUAAAGAAGCAGCCGCCCGUCGGGGAGCCGUCCACCAGCGCGCAGGAAGCGUCCAAGGUGACGGAGCGGGAACGCGGCAAGAGCCUGAAACGUCUCGGCAGCUUGGAGUCCGAGGGUGGCCGUACGUCCACGUCGAAGGAGACGCUGGAGAAGUCGGACACCUCGUCGGAGAAAGGCGCGAAGAAAAAGGUCUUCGCGGGGAGAGAGGACGGUAAGAAACGAUCGAGGAAAUCGGACAAGCGUGCCGUCGACCGGAGGGCAGAACCGGCGAGACGGAAAGUGGGCUCGCUGGAGGACGAGGACUCCAAGAGGAAGGAUCACGACGAGACUUACCGACGCUCGCGGGAGGAGCGGAAGAGCCUGAAGGAGCAGGAGUGCAUCGAGAGGGUGACGGAGUUCUUGACGAGGCACAGUAUCCCGAUUUACCCGGACAGCGGCGGCCUCGAAGCGGCGGAGUUUCCGGAGAUGCCCCCCGAGGUCGUAGAGGAGCAACGAGUAAAACGUCCAUCGGCCAUUAGCGAAGACGGGGAGGCUGAGUACGCAGCGACGACGACGACGACCCCCGAAACGUCCGUCGCGCCUACGAAGCGCAGGGAGAGCCUGAAGAGCGUGCCCGAAGCGGAAGAAGUGAAAGACUCGAUGGCGCCCGCGAGGGACGCUAAGAGGGACGUCAGAAAGCAACGGCGAACUUUGGAGCGAGCUCCUGCGGCCCUCUCGGACGUUCAGCAGUUGGAAUCGACAGCGGUUCAAGAACCGGUGAAGCGGCCCAGCUCGUUGAGGAAGAGGAGAGACUCCUUCUCCAGAGAGUCCUCGAAGGAAUCGCUGUUGGAGGAGAAAAAGGGCGUGAGGAUACAAGAGGACGUGCAGGAGAUCUUCUUCGAGGACACCAGCGAGCAAGUAACCGAAUUGCUGCCGGAAGUGCAGCUGGUGACCGCGAGGAUUAUCACAGCGGAGGAGGCGACCGCGAUACGCUUCGAGGAGGCGGCCACUAGGAUCGAGAUCCACUCGCCGCCGGAAGUAGCUGUCGUGUCCGAGACGUUCAGGCCGAAAAUCCUGACGCGAGCGCCGUCGCCGGAAAUCGCCGACGUCUCGUCGUUGCAGCUGCCCGCCUUGGCGAAGUCCACUUCGGAGAGCACCUUGGCGGAGGACAAGCCGACCGCCGGCGAGAACAAGAAGGUCUCCGUGAGGAAUCUCAAGCCGGAGAUUCUCUUAGAUUUGUCCAAGGUCUCCGACAACGGCGAACUGGUCGACGACGCGGUGGAAGGUGGCAAGGACAAGGAAAGGCGACUCAGCCGGACUGGAAGCGAAGGCUCGAAGAGGUUGGCGAAGCUCCAGGUGCAGGAGCGGUUUCCUUUCAAGAUCGGUAGCAUCGCGCAGCCGGACAGACCGGAGCUCACGAUCCUGCACGAGCCGGAGAAAGCGGACGGCGACCCUGCGAGUAAGAUCGCGACGAGUAAGGACGCGAGGGAAGACGUCCCGAGCGGUGAAGCUCGACGAGACUCGAGGCCGUCCAUCCGCGCGAAGGACCUCGCGAUCCCUCCGAGGCUCGGCAACGUUGUCGACCGAGUGAGUCCGGAGGAAGCGCCGCGAGAGGACGAGGGAGCCGGGGAGGACUCGAGGAGGGCUCGCGAUUAUGGCCCGUCGCAGCAGAAACGGUCGCCAUUGUUGGAGGAAGUAGCCCGCAGGCAGGAGGAGGACAGCUUGAUCUGCAAGGAGCACUCUCUCGAGUACCAAAGUCAGACUCUCGAGAGCCAAUCGGACCACCUGUUCCACGAGGUGAUCACGUCCUCGUUGGAGGACCUGCUGAAGUCGGCACCGGACAGCUGGAGCCGCGAGAUCUACGAGGAGAGCCUCGAGGGAGUGGAGCAUAGCUUCAAGGAGACGCAGUACUCGCCGAAGGAAAAGCGCGACGUGCAGACGCAGACGGUGCAGGAGUCGAAGAGCACGCAGUGCAGUCCCGAUCAGAGCGUGUCGAGCCCGUGCGAAGAGCCGCCCCGGGUCAGCCCCUUCCACGUUGGCCAGAAGUACUUGCAGAGUCCCCGACGGGAGGUGCAGACGCAGACCCAAGGCGAGAACAAAAGCGUCCAGUGUUGCUUGGACGAUUUAGGUAGUCUCGACGGCCCCUGGAGAAACACCGGCAGCCCGGCCAGGUCGGAACAGGAGUCGAAGAGUAUCCAGUGCGUUCCCGAAGACAUCGCCAAGUCGCCCGACAAGUCGCGGGAGGACCGCAGCCCACGGCGAGAAGUCGAGGUGCAGACCUACCAGGAGUCGAAGGCGAUUCAGUGCAGCGACGACGAGCUGCUCGAUCAGGUGAGCACCGGCCGUCGAAGCACGCAUCAGAGCAGACCGGCCAGCUCGCCUUCGUCGGGCUCGAGCUCGCCGCGCAAGUUCCCCACGGUGGUCUUCGUGGAGGGCGCCGGGGACAUGACCGUCACGCACAGGGAACACGAUGGUGACGUCACCUGGUCGAAGCACUGGGGCCCCGAGAGACUGGUGGAGAUCUACAGAGAGCCGAAAACCAGCCUGGGACUCAGCAUCGUCGGCGGAAAGGUACGACGAAAGGUCGAUCUGCACAACGGCGGCGCCAGCAAGUCCCAGAACAUCUCCGGGAUAUUCAUCAAAAAUGUGCUGCCCAACAGUCCGGCCGGCAGAACCGGCGGCCUCAAGAUCGGAGAUAGAAUAAUCGAGGUGGACGGCGUGGACCUGCGGCAGAGUACGCACGAACGCGCGGUGGAAGUGAUUCAAGCAGCCGGAAAUCCCGUCCGCCUCCUCGUUCAGUCGCUAGUGCAUCUGAGUCCGGAGCACGGCGGCGGCGCGGCCCAAGAGGAGAAAGACGACGGCAAAGGCAGCCGGAAGAGUCACACGUCCGCUUCCAGCGUCGGGACGCCAACGGCCUCCUUUCGUCAUAAACCACCGCCGGUCUCGCCAGCGAGGUCCGUUACACCGGAAGUGAUACAGCCAGGACUCGAGGACGGCGACGCUCAGGGUGUGACGCGCGGCGUCGAUUUCCACAGACAGAGCUCGAGGAAAUCGGAUGGCUCAGCUCCCGGCUCGCGAAGAUCCUCCAUGAAGAAGUCAAUUCGCAAAACGGCCCCGGCGCCCCCCGUCAACCCGGACGUCCUCCGCGAGGUGAGCGAGGAGCGGGAAGACCAUGCUGUCAGCGCGGAGCCGCCCGCCAAGUCCACCAAGUAUUCCUCGGACGAGAGCUCGGAUGAGGACGAGGAGGACACUCGCAUGCUGGAGGGAAACGUGUACACGAAGAGCGGUGUCGAGAUCUCGAGGAAGAGCGCCGGAAAUGUGAAACGCACGAAGGCGGAGGUUGAUGCGGAUCCCGAGACGGAGGACCAGUUCGGUUACACGGCCAUGAAGGUACAGAAGAAAUAUCAGAAUCUGGGGAACAGAGUGCUAAUGAUCACCCUGGAGAAGGACAGACGAGGUCUGGGCAUCUCCUUGGCCGGGCACAAGGACAGGAACCGAAUGGCGGUAUUUGUUUGCGGCCUGAAUCCGAAGGGUGCGGCUCACAAGAACGGCGGGCUCCACAUCGGCGACGAGAUAUUGGAGGUAAAUGGUUGCGUAUUGCAAGGACGAUGUCACUUGAAUGCCUCCGCCAUCAUCAAAGGCAUGGUCGGCACCUGCUUCAAGAUCAUCGUUUACCGGAGAUUGAAGGCUCUCGACGACAUCGCCGUGAAGCCGAUAGUUCAAUUCCCGCCGACCUUGGAUGAUGCCGAUCAAUUCAGUCAGUACAAGGGAGUCCGCAACUUACCAGUGAAGAAGGGUCAAUACGGCCUCGGGAUCAUGAUCAUCGAAGGGAAGCACGCGGAAGUGGGACAAGGUAUCUUCGUGUCCGACAUCCAAGAGGGCAGCGCCGCCGAGCAGGCUGGAUUGCAAGUAGGCGAUAUGAUCCUUGCGGUUAACAUGGAUAGCUUGUCGGGCUGUACGUACGACGAGGCGACGUCAUUACUGAAGAAAGCGGAGGGGAUCGUGACGCUGACGGUGUGCAACCCGAACCAGAGCAAAGUGGAGCAGAAGGACAAGGCGUCUUCCUUGCAGAAGGACAAAGCGAAGCACGGCGGUGCCAUUGCGCCUGCUCCGACCGUGGUUACAGAGAAGACGCCGCAGAAGAGCGCGCCGACGACGGCUGCCAAGGAACCGGACAAACCCGCGGCGCCGCAGGAUCCAAAGGACUGCAAGAUAACGGUAGGCUCGGAAGUGACGAUAGAGUUCCAGAAGGAAAAGGACAAAGGGAUUGGCUUGACCAUCGCCGGCGGCUCUGACACCCCGAUGAACGGAGUGUUCAUUCUGGAAGUAUCUCCCGAUGGCGCGGCCGGGAAAGACGGUCGAUUGCAGGCCGGCGAUCAGAUACUGAACGUGUGCAACGAGAGCUUCAAGGAGAUAGAGCACGAAAAAGCGCACGUGGCACUCUUGAAAGCUUCUCUGAGUGGAACUAUUACAAUGACAGUGUUGCGCUACGAGAAGCCAGCCGAUGAGAUCGAGGUCGAGUUACAGAAAAAGCCCGGCAAAGGAGCUGGUUUCUGUAUGCGUGGCUUCGUGAGCGGCAAGGGAGCUUACGUGUGGGAUCUGUUACCAGCCGGCAGCGCCUCGGAAAGCGGCAAAAUCUGCAAAGGCGACCGCAUCUUGGCAAUUUGUGGACAAGAUGUCCGCGAGGCUCCCGUGGACGACAUCGCCGUUUACAUGAAAACAUCCAAUCCGCUGCAACUAAAGCUGGCCAGGUACAAGUCCGCCAAACAAUGACAGGGUUCUGCGGGCAGAACUCUCGGCGCAUGCCCCGAUGUACGGCGGAACACCUACAGACACUGUGGAUUCUAGUGUGAUACAUAAAUGAAGUAACGUCUUAACCAUAAGUACCUUUGUU